CCCGAUUGGCGUUCCUUCCUGGCUGCCAUUUAACCCGGUUUGGAAGAAGGAAAAAGCGGGGAGGAGAUAGAGAUAACGAGAGGGAGUGGAAGGAAGGAUGGGCGGAGCAUCUCUUCUCUCUGCGCUCGCUUGUGGAGUGAGCUCUUCCUCCAUUGGAGCUCCCCCGCACUCAUUCCUAUGCCCCACUCCCAACCGGAGGAGGAAAUCGCGCAGGAAAGUUCGGUGUGCGCCCAUUUCUGCCCAGUUUGAGCUCAAGCCUCCUCCAUACCCAUUGGACUCGUUGGAGCCGCACAUGAGCCGGGAGACGGUGGAGCAUCACUGGGGGAGGCAUCACCGGGGCCAUGUGGACAGCCUCAACGCCCGAAUUGCCGGGACCCAACUGGAAGAAAUGGAGCUGGAGGACGUCGUCGUCGCCUCCUACAACAAGGGAAGCCCUCUACCUCCGUUCGUCCAUGCAGCCCAGGUCUGGAAUCAUGACUUCUUCUGGCGAUCCAUGGAACCAGGUGGCGGAGGGAAGCCAUCCGGAGAGCUCAUGGGAUUGAUCGAGAGGGACUUUGGUUCGUUCGAGCGAAUGCUGAAGGAGUUCAAAGAAGCUGCAUCGACCCAGUUCGGUUCUGGUUGGGCUUGGCUUGCAUACAAGGCGAAUAGGUUAGAUGUGGGGAAUGCUGUAAAUCCUUGUCCCUCCGAAAAGGACAACAAGCUUGUGAUAGCAAAGACUCCAAAUGCUGUGAAUCCUUUGGUUUGGGAUUACUCGCCCCUCCUUGCCGUUGAUGUUUGGGAGCAUGCUUACUACCUUGACUAUGAGAAUCGGAGAGCUGAUUAUGUGUCCAUUUUUAGAAAGCUUGUUUCAUGGGACAUUGUUAGCUCGAGGCUUCACAUAGCAACGGCUCGAGCAGCAGAGAGAGCAAGAGAAGAUGAGAGGAGAAGACGAGAAGAUGAUGUAGAAAUCACUAACAGAGAGGCUGUGGAGAUGUAUGUAGACAGCGACAAUGAUUCAGAGCCUGAAUGAAACAAACCAUGUUGUUUACUUUUACCAUAUGCCAAGAUAGUUAUGCGCAACUAAUGGUGAGCAGCUGGUAUUAUUUGGUUAAUAUAGGAGCACCUCUCUUCCAGUAGAA